GCCAAUCCAACCAUUUUGUUUUGUUUUGAAUAAUUAUUUGGAUUGAAGAAAAGAAAGUAUUGAAUCAGGAAAAAUGCUCAACGUAUUUUGAUAAUGUACUAAAAUACACUCCCCAUUAGUGAAUAGUGCGAAAUUACGUAGGAACAAGAUAAAUCCGAGACAGUGGGCAAAACUCGAGAAUACCAGCUGCUUAUUUCAAUAUGAGCAGCAGCCACCAAUAUCUAAAAGCUUCAAGUUCAAAACCAAUCACUCGUCUUGGAGAUAUCGAACAUCUACCCCAAUUAUCUGAAAAUUUAUUAGCUCUUUGCUUGACUCCCGAGUAUUCCGAUAUUGUUUUGGUGGUUGAAGGACAAAAAUUACAUGCUCACAAGGUUAUUUUAGCGGCACGUAGUGAAUAUUUCCGAGCACUUCUAUAUGGUGGCUUAAAAGAAUCAAAUCAACCUGAGAUCAUUUUACAUGAUGCCCCCUUGAACGCGUUCAAAAUUUUGCUGAAAUAUAUUUAUACAGGUCAUAUGUUCCUAAUGACCUUGAAAGAAGACGUCAUUUUGGAUACCCUAGGACUGGCACAUCAAUAUGGUUUCGAAGAGUUGGAAUCGGCGAUUUCGGACAUUUUAAGGCAAUUGUUGGCUUUAAGAAAUGUAUGCGCCAUUUUAGACACGGCCCAUUUGUACGGUUUGGAUAAACUAAUUAAAGUAUGUCAUUCUUUUCUCGACAAACAUGCUUCUGAAAUUUUGCUUCAUGAAUCCUUUGUUACAUUGUCUCAGGUCGCACUCAUCGAACUACUCCAAAGAGACUCAUUUUUCGCCCCAGAAGUUGAAAUUUUUCGUGGCGUAUGCAACUGGUGCAAAGUCAAUGAGGAUAUUGAUGACAAAGCAAUGAACUGCGUAAGACUCCCUCUCAUGAGUGUUGUUGACUUACUGUCAGUAGUCAGACCUGCGGGAUUAGUUAAACCCGAUACUUUAUUAGACGCUAUUGCUGAAAGAACAAAUUGUAGAAUCAGUACCUUACCGCAUAGAGGCUUGCUAGUUGUCAAUGAAAAUGUAGCUUGUCCAAGAACUGGUUCGAAAGUAGUUGCCGGUGAACUCACAGAAUUUUUACUAGAUGGCGAUAAUUACAGCUACGACAUGGAUAAAGGUUACACUAGACAUGCCAUCAAUGGCCCAGUAGAUCAAGGAAUCAUCGUCAAACUUGGAGUACCUUCAAUUAUCAACCAUAUUCGUAUGCUGUUAUGGGAUAGAGACAUCAGAAGCUACUCUUACUAUGUAGAAGUAUCAAUGGAGCAAAAAGAUUGGGUCAGAGUUGUGGAUUAUAGUCAAUAUUGCUGCCGAUCUUGGCAGGAAUUGUACUUUGAUACCAGAGUUGUACAGUAUAUUAGGAUAGUGGGGACGCAUAAUACUGUCAAUAAAGUGUUUCAUUUAGUUACGUUUGAAUGCAUGUAUAAACAGAAAAUUCCCAAGAUGGUGGGAGAUGUUAUUUGUCCAAAUUAUAAUGUUGCCACGCUGGAGAAGAGUGCUGUUGUUAUUGAGGGUGUCAGUCGUGCAAGAAACGCUCUUCUCAACGGCGACACCAAACAAUACGAUUGGGAUUCCGGCUACACCUGUCACCAAUUAGGCUCGGGAGCUAUUCUGAUUCAACUGGGCCAGCCUCACAUAAUAUCCAGCUUGCGACUUCUCCUGUGGGACUGCGACGACAGGAGCUAUAGCUACUACAUCGAAUCGUCGAUCAAUAUAUGGGAAUGGGAAAUGGUGGUGGACAACACCCGGGAAAGUUGCAAAUCUUGGCAGGUCAUCAAGUUUCCUGAGAGGCCCGUUGUGUUUAUACGAAUUGUUGGGACGCAUAAUACCGCAAACGAGGUAUUCCAUUGUGUCCACUUUGAAUGUCCUUCCAGCGAAGACGUUAACAGCCAAUCAUGUUCAGUGACAGUGUCGCUGGGCAAUAAAAAUAAAGAAACCUCGACGAGUAGCGUGGGGAGCAGUACCAGUACCGUCGAAGAGAAUGCACAAUUUGCAGAGACAGCGUUAGAAGCGGAAGAGGUUAUAGUACCGCCUGCGGCUGUAGGUAAUCAUUCGAAUAAUCUUUUUUAGAUUUGUUUUGUUUUCGUUUUGGACCUAUCAAUAAUUUAUUUUUUGUGUGCAAAAAUAUUAUAGAGCUAGGAGUAAUUAGAAUCCAAUGUUGCUACAAUUUGUUUUUUGAAAAUUUAAAUUAAGUUAGGUUCAAAAGUCAGCUUUAAAUGUGGCUAAAACCUAUUAUUAGCAAUUAUAAGGAAGUGAUAACGUAUUUUGAGAUUUUGUCUGUAUAUUUUGUUUAUUUAUCUUAUUGUACAAAGUGGUCCAAAAAUUACUGGUGAUAUAUUUUUAUUCCGUCUUGUUAUACUUUAAACCUGAGCAGAACAUAUCAUAUUUUGACUUACCUAAGUUCAAAUUAUCAAUUCCCUCUCUGCCAUUUUUAACGGAAUAAAACAAAUUAUUGCUGAAUAUUUAGACCACUAUAUUUAUUUCCAGAUUAUAGACAUUUGGCCUUUAUUUGGGCCAAUAGUUUAAAUAAUUUCUAUUAAAUUAAUUUAUUUGUUAAAAAUAUUAUUUUUUUAAAUAAAGCAAAGUUCACACGCUACAAAUGUACUUGAAUAAUACCCCAAUAGUAAAAUAAAAUACCUAUAACAAUAAUAGUGGUCCGCUAUAUCAAUUAACUAAAAAUCAAACUUAUUAUGUAUUGCUCCAAUAAAUAUCCAUACAGAUAGGACUUGUCCAGGAUAACAAUGAAUGAGGAUGCUCAACGCAAAUUCCGUUAUUUCUUGUGACUGAACGUGGAUGUUUAGUUCUUUAAUUUUUUUCAGUAUAUUUGUCAGACUUGUGUAGGGAAAGUUGAGGAUGAGGCCAUUGAU